AUGAAACACCUCUUUUUUGGUGUGAUUUUGGUUUUGGCAGCUGCCGAUAUUAUAUGCCAACCCAUUUCAAGUCAAUGUACAGAUGACAACAUAGAAAAUAUAGAAAAUUGUGACAUAUUAUAUAUCUCAUACAACUUUACUUUGACAAAAGAAUGCGCCGAUGCAUUUAAAAAUUUUCCCCAUAUCGAAAUUGACGGUAACUACAAAAUAUAUCUUGAUAACAAUCUCAACUAUUCAAAUGGGAUUUCAUUUUUAAUCAAUUCGAAAACAUUAUUAGAAGGUCUGGAAUCUUUUUCUAAUUAUCCAAUUUCUCUCUCAGAAGGAUCUUCAGUUGAAAUCUAUAAUGAUUUUUUAAUACAAGAAAUUUCGUUCAGUGACGGGUCUAUUUUUGUUUUUGGAAAUUUAAAAGUUACUAAAAGUCUCACAAUUUUAAGAAGAGGGAAGUUAGUUAUUUCUGGAGACAUUUUUAUUGAAGAAAACGCAAUUUUUAAAUGUGAAAUGUGCGAAGUAAAAUGUACCAAUUUGUAUUUAAAUAAAAACACGACGUUUUUAGCAAAUUCAAAAAGUGUUUUAUACAUCAACACAAUAUCAACAGAGAAGAACACACAAAUUAUUUUAUCUUCAAUUUCACUACAAUUUGAAAAUAUCAAAAUUAAUAAAAAUUCGACUUUAACUUUAGACGAAGUCCAAUUUUUGAAUACAACAAGAGAAAAGUCUUUUACAAUAUCAGAGUCAACUUUAAUAUUUUCAAGAGAAAAUGUGUUAAAUAAUUUGAUAAUAAAAACAACUAAUCAAAGUGAAGUAAUUUUUAAUAAAAUUUGUACUUUCAAAAGUCUUGAAGUUUUAGAUUCAAAUGUUAUUAUAAAAGCUUCGAGCGUGUUAAAUGUUGAAAAUACCAUGUCAAGUGGUGAUUCUAUUUUUACACUUUUUGAUAAAUUUAGACUGCACUCAAACAUGAUACAAAUGAGAAACAAUUCUCAAUUUAAAAUUGAUGCAAAUGAAGGGAGUAUCACUUUCAACGUAUUUAACUUUUUUGAUGUUGCAAAAUUGAAUAUUUUUAAUUCAAAUUUAAAUGACAAAAAUAAUAAAAAUGUUGUGUUAGAUGGUGUUAUUGUUCUAUGUAAUACAUCAGAAUUUGAAAUACACCAAGGCACUUCUGUUACUGCUUUAAAUAGGAUAACAUUGUCAGACUAUUCUCUAUUUAUAAUAGCCGGCUAUUUUCAUUCAACAGAUGAAAUAUUAACAAAAGAAAAAGGUCUUAUUUUUAAUAACAAUUCUUCCCUCUUAAUUUAUGACCACGCAAAAAUAGAAUCUAUUAGUUUUAUUACACUCUAUGACUACUCUAAAGCAACUUUUAAAGACUCUGUCUAUCUCGAGGCAGCCAAAUUCACGUGUUACAAUUCGUCACAAAUGUAUUUCGAAAAGAAUUCUGAUAUUCAACUGAACACUAUGUUAACAUAUUAUAAUAAUUCAAUAUCGAAGUAUUCUGAUAAUGUCACUAUAUUUAUAGACCUCCCACAAGUGUAUCCAAACUUAUUUUAUACAUACUGUUUACUCUCUUUCAAUAAUUACUCAAGUGUGGAAUUUAGUUCAAGUGUUUUUUUAACGAUCAACUCGUGUAUAGAGUUUUGGAAUUCAUCACGUGGGAUAUUCCCAAGUGGGUCGCACUACGAAAUAUAUAAUUCGCUGUUCUUUUUUAACAGCAAUUCUGAACAUAAUACACACAUCGAAAUUGAAAAUGGAGCAGUGUUUUUUAUAUAUAGUAAACACCUUAAUAAAACGUAUUGUAAAACACUGACUAAUUGGGAUUACGAACAAUCACGACAAUGUUAUUCAUUAAUAAUCUUUUCACAAAUUCAGUUGUUUAUUUAUAACGCUGACAUAUACAAAAAAACAAUUUUUACUUUAUUAAAUGGAUCUUUUUCGUUUGCUUUAAAACUGUUGAUAUCCUCAGAAAACUGUUUCGACUUCAUGUCGAUCAAUUACAAAAUACUACCUUUCGAGUACCUAACAAAUUUUCUAAUUGUGUCAAAUGGAAGAUUGAUAAGAUACUGUCCUGAUAAAUACGCCACUCUUAUUCAAAACCAAAACAAUUUUGUCAAAAACAAAGACGAAAUUUUAUUUGGAGAAUUUGAAACAGCCAAAAACAGUUUUAAAAAUAAUUUUAAAAACAUUUCCCAAAUUGUUCCUCGAAUUUUGGAAAAACAAGAAACCCUAAAGGGGGUAAUUUUCCCAACAGAGGUCUACUGCCAUAUUAAUGACAGUAAUUUCAAUAAUAGCUUCAAAUUUAACAAUUUGUACACAUCUUUUACUCACCCACAUUGCCCAUACCCGAGUAAUGAAACACAUCCAAUGCUUGUCAUCUCUGAAGUUAAAAACAUUAGUAUUGGGUCGGAUAUAGAAGAAGUCUACAUUGACUUCAAACAAGACUUUUUAGUUGAUAUUGUUGUGGAUAAAUGUAAAAAUAAAAAUUUGUUGAAAGAGCAAAUUCCGUACUGUACAAAUUAUAUUGCAAAAUCUGUGAUUGUGAGCCGCUCAGAAAUCACUUUUACAGUAAAUUGCAAAGACACUCAGACAAAGUUUACAAAUAAAGUUGUGAAUUUUGUCUGUUUUGAAACGAACGAUAUGGACAUAUAA